AUGACUGAAGAAUGGUUACGAACUAUUGACAUGACAUACCACCUAAAUUCAGCGUUGAAAGAUGUCUGGAAGGCGGUCAACGCGGAGCUUAUGGGUGAGUCAAGCAGUGAAGUUGUUUGCUUUCGCUUCUUUUUUAUUGAUCCUAAGAUUUCUGAGGCUCACGCUCAUUGUUUGAUAUAUUUACCAACAGCAAUCAAAAAAGGUAUCUUAGGACCCGACCAGCUCUAUCCCCCCACUGCAGCAAAUACCGCGUUUAUGGAUGUAUCCCCAGCAUUCAUUGUGGAACGGCCUACCUCUAUAGGUCCAUCCCAGGCCGCCUCCUUCAUCAACAGCAAUGGGAAGCGUGAACGGAAACCUGCAGAGGAAGAAGACGAAGAAGACGAAGAGCAAGUUGCAAAACUUCCGCGUCGCUCUGCACGGCUGUCUGCCCCGAUCAAAAGACCCCCCGUCAUUCGUAAGGCGGCUUCAAAGAUUGUACCUGACUCCCCAGAUUCCGUCGAGAAAGGACUUCCGCCUCUGGACUCCUCUCUGUCCCGGCAACAGUCGGGCCCACCAAGGUCAGGAUCAGCCCCUCCAUCAGAACAGCCUGAACCGCCAAGGGCUGGAUCAGCCACCCCAUCAGAAGGCCCAUCAGACACCGUCAAAUCACGUUCAAGGAUCAUUGAACCUGAAAUGGCCAAGGUACUUCAGGAGAUACAUGAACUGGACGUUGGCCCUUCAUCGAUGCCCAUUGGUACACCUUCCGACUACAUUGCCUCUCAGAUAACAAGAGCUUGUCAAUUCCCACACCCCUUGGAAUACGAACAAGGCGAACUUUGGGAGCAGAUCGACCCUGAAUUCCUUAGAGUCAUGGGUACAGAUCUACUGAGACGCGGUGACCUCCGACAUGGCAAAUUCGGAGUUCUUGGCCUUGUUGAAUGGAUUCUUGACGCACGAGAGCAUGCCAGCUGGGACAAAACAUGCAAGGCAAUGGCUUUACAGAAGUUCAUAACCCUACGGGAUCAUCUCAAGGAGAAAGUCAUAUCAGAAGGCCCAUCAGACACCGUCAAAUCACGUUCAAGGAUCAUUGAACCUGAAAUGGCCAAGGUACUUCUAGGAGAUACAUGA